AUGACCCUCUCCAUACUGGAUGUGUCUCCUGAUAUUCUGGGGGUGAGGGCAAACCCCCACCUUAUUCAUUGGCCUCCUUCUCUCCCAGGACUCCCCAAACCUGUCCUCUUUGCUGAACCAAGCUCUGUAGUUGCACCAGGCACCAACGUGACUCUCGGUUGCUCAGCAUUGCAAUUGACUUCUCAGGAGUUGUUAUUCACUCUGUCGAAGGCUGGGAGCCCUGGAUAUCCUCAGCCAAAGAAGACAGGGAUAGAAGCUAGGUUUUCCCUGCCAUCUGUGAAGGUCAGAGAUGCUGGGAGCUACAGCUGUUUUUACUCUGAGAGGAGACAUGCAAAGGGGAAGUCAGAGACCAGUGAAACCCUGGACUUGGUGGUCACAGGUUCUCUUCCUCGGCCCUCCCUCCAGGCCUUGCCCAGUGCUAAGGUGUCCCUCAAUGGAAGGGUGACCCUGAGGUGUGUCCUGCCAGUGAAACCAUCCCUUGGAAGUGUGAUGUUUAUGUGGCUGAAGGCAGGGACCCCAGAACCCCUAGGACGAGCCCUCCAGCAAUCCCAGAGAUGGGCUAAUUUUACCCUCCCGUCUGUGACAGUCCAGGAUGCAGGGAGCUUCAGAUGUGUUUACUAUGAGAAGACAGUCCAGCCUCGGGCCUCAGAGCCCAGUGAGCCCCUCUAUGUCUGUGUGACAGACUCCCUGACCAGGCCCUCCCUGACAGUCGAGCCGAGCUCCAGCGUUUCUCUGGGAGAAAAGAUGACGUUGUGGUGCCAGUCAGCAUCGUGUGGCACCAGAUUCACUCUGUACAAGGAUGGAGAGGACAAUCCUGUGCAGACCAUCGAUUCCCCCCAGGACAAGGCUGGAUUCCUCAUCGCUCAGGUGACCCACAACCACACUGGGACCUAUUACUGUCUCCAUCACACGGGAGAGGACAUCCCCACCCCAGCCCUGUACAGUGACCCCUUGGAGCUUUCCGUGUCUGGGGAACGUGAUGAGUCUUUUCCAGAAAAAGGUAAGUCUGAGGGUAGGGAAUGAGGUUCUUGUGUCUUUGGAUCCUGGUACAGCACUGACUAGCCAAUGGGUGGAGAGUGGCCGAGGGUGGGAGAGGCAGUGAGGAUCCUCCUUUCAGACCACAUUGGACAUUGUUUGUCUUCACACACAGAUAUUCACCCAAUUUUAUUUCAUUUUAUUUUUGUAGUUCUAGGAAAUACUUUUUGGGUAGUUGAUUGGCCUGUCACUGAAUAGGUAAUUUAAAUUAGGUAAGAUUGUUAUUUUUAUUAUAUUGGUUCAUCCUAUCCAUGAGCAAUUUUCCAUUUGUUUAGGUCUGACUUGGCAUGAAAAGUGUCUUGUAAUCCUGUUCAUGUAGUUUCUGGGUUUGUUUUGGUAACUAUAAUCUGAGGUAUUUAUAGUGUCUUCAGUUAUUUUAAAUGGAAGCUCCUUUUCUGUCUCUUGAUUUUGAACUUUGUUGGUGAUAAAUAGAAAUGCUGAUGAUUU